UCGAAAUGAAGUCUUCGUUUCUUAUGCUUAUCACUUAAGCUAUAUAAUAGUGACCCUACCUUUUAAAGAAAAUAGGUUAAAUUAGUUUUAACAAUUGAAUUAUAAUUUCAUUAGGAAAUAGACCAGUAUUGGCUAUGUAAAAUCAUGCCACCAAGUCAAUUUCUUUAUGUGUAAAGUUAAUUCUGCAUAGUAUAAGGAAGAUUACAAUUAUAUCACACCAACUUAUCCUUUUCUAUAAAUUUUAAUGAAAUAACUGAACAAUGAGGAAAGUCAACGAAAAGGCAAUGAAGAGUAUUAAUAAUUACGCAUCAAAUGAUUAUGUGGAUGCCUUUAGCUAUAUUAAUGAAAGGCCAGUUGAUGACAUAUCACUAGAAUUCUUUUAUAAACCCCAUACGAUAACUCUUUUGGCAGUUUCAAUUGCUACUGUCAUCUAUACUGCUUUUGUAAGGGAUGAAUCUACAAUACAAGACAACAUCUGGUCUGGCACUUGUUGUGUGGUUUUCUUCUUCCUCAUAAUAUCGGUUCUAACGUUUCCCAAUGGACCUUUUACAAGACCACAUCCAGCAGUUUGGAGAAUUGUAUUUGGAGCUUCAGUACUUUAUCUUCUUGCACUAUUAUUUUUGCUAUUUCAAAGUCACUCCACUGUAAACGAAAUAAUGUAUUGGAUUGAUCCAAAUCUAAGAAACUUCCAUAUUGAUAUGGAUAAGGAAUAUGCGGUGAAUUGCUCUGAUAUUUCUGUAGCCAAAGUUUGGUCUCAUGUUGAUGUGUUUGCUUGGGGACACUUUUUAGGAUGGAUGUUUAAAGCAAUUUUGUUCAGACAUACAGGCCUACUUUGGGCCAUUUCAAUAAUGUGGGAAAUUACUGAAAUAGCAUUUGCACAUUUACUGCCUAACUUCUUGGAAUGUUGGUGGGAUUCCAUAAUAUUAGAUGUCUUAAUUUGCAAUGGUUUUGGUAUUUGGUGUGGUUUAAAGAUAUGCAAAGCUUUAGAAAUGAGAGAAUAUAAAUGGGUCAGUAUAAGGGAUAUUUCAUCAACUACAGGCAAAAUUAAAAGAGCCAUACUUCAAUUUACACCAGUACAAUGGACACCAGUUAGAUGGCUGGAUCCAAAUUGCACUUACAUGCGAUUCUUUGCUUUAAGCCAGUUGGUUGUAUUUUGGCAAAUAUCUGAACUUAAUACAUUCUUCUUGAAACAUAUAUUUGAAAUGCCUCCAUCACAUCCUUUAGUGAUUGCACGACUGUGUCUUAUUGGAGUGAUUGUAGCCCCUUCAGUCAGGCAAUAUUACACAUAUGUGACGGACUCAAGAUGUAAGAGAGUGGGUACUCAGUGUUGGGUAUAUGGAGCUAUCAUGGUUACAGAGUCCAUGCUAUGCAUUAAAAAUGGCAAAGAACUAUUUGGUCAAGCUCAAGUUUGCAAUGUUAUUGUAUGGCUAGUUAUACAAAUCCUAGUGUCAAUAGGUUGUGUAUAUGGAGUAGUGGUGUACCAUCGAUAUAUUGAGCCAGCUGAAGACAUAAAUCUGGAAACUCCUAAAAAAGACAAACAGAAUUAAAAAGAUGUGACACACUUUAUAUUAUUUAAAUUAGUUCCAUGUUGUGAUGUUUAUAGCCUAAUUAUUGACUGCUAAAUAUUAUUCAAUGUAUUUUAGAGACGCCAAAUAUAAUUUAUUAGAUUUACUAUUAAAUUAUUGUUGUUCUGACUUCUUCCUGUAGAUUUAAUUUUUAUUAAAGUCGAUUAUGUGAUACCACUGGUACUAUGACCAUUGUGUGUUUGAGAUAGUAAUUGCUAUCGGCAUUUUAAGUUUGUUUUAAGCUCUAGUCUUACAUUUAGUUUUAGAUUAUGAGGUAAUUUCAGAGAUGAAUAUCAGACAAACAACCUUAGCAUUGAUAUAAUUUGUGCUUAGCGACUUUAAU